AUGGACGGCAUUGAGGCUCCUUUGGGCUCUUUCAGGAACCCGAUCAAGUUCAAGGAUCAGGACUUUCAGAGUCUCCUGGAGAAAUGUCUGAAGUCUGGUGAGAUGUUCUCUGAUCAAACCUUUCCGGCAGAGCAGAAGUCCAUUGGCAUGCUGGAAGAGGACGACCCGAAAAAGGCAAUCAAGUGGAAAAGACCUAAGGACAUCAGUGAGAAUGCAGUGUUUGUGGAGGGCACCACAGGCACGACUGACAUCUGCCAAGGUCAGCUAGGUAACUGCUGGCUGUUGGCGGCAUUGUCCUGCCUCACCAUGCACCCAAAACUCUUUGUCAAGGUGGUGCCGCCCAAACAAAGCAUGUCCACGUCUUACGUGGGCAUCUUCCAUUUCAGGUUCUGGCAGUAUGGUGAGUGGGUGGAGGUGGUUGUGGAUGACAGGCUGCCAGUACGAGAGGGCCGUCUGCUCUUCAGCUACUCUCACACCCGCAACGAGUACUGGAGUGCCCUGGUGGAGAAGGCCUAUGCCAAGUUAAUCGGAUCGUACAGCAGUCUGAGGGGUGGCAACAUUUCAGAGGGGAUGGAGGAUUUCACAGGCGGUAUCGCGUACUCAAUGCCUGUCUCCUCUCACACCCCUCGAGUCUUCUGGAGGUUAUUGACAGCUGCCCUUGCCCGAGGCAGCCUGCUCAGUUGCUUUAUUCAGGCCAACACCUACAAGGAGGUUGGAAAAGUAAAUGCAGAAGGGCUUAUAAAAGGUCACGCUUACGCCAUCACAGAAACAGACCAGGAAAGUAUCCUAAAUUCCAAAGUGAGGCAUGACUCAGAUGAGAUUUUGCUUCUAAGGUUGAGGAAUCCGUGGGGCUUUAUUGAAUACCGUGGACCCUGGAGUGACAAAGGCAAAGAGUGGGAUGCCGUUUCCAAAGUGGAGAAAGACAGACUUGAAAUGAAACGUAGAGAAGAUGGAGAGUUCUGGAUGAGUGCCGAUGAUUUUUGUCAGAAGUUUGAUUUUGUGGAGCUGUGCAGUAUCAACCCUGACAGUCUUGUUGAGGGAAACACAGUGAUGCCCCUCAGUUCUGCUGCUUCUUCUAAAUGGACCAUCAAUGAGCAUGAUGGAUUGUGGCUUAAAGGCAGCACUGCUGGCGGAAGCCGAAAAUACAACCGAUCCUUUUGGAAGAACCCUCAGUUUGAGCUAGUUCUCACAGAACAGGACCAGCCGGAUGAGGAAGACGAGGAGGACGAGGAGGACGGCGAAGAGGAGGACGCGGAGGAUGGGCUCAAUGAGAGCAAUAAGAGAGAGAAGCAGCUGGUGAAAGCCAAGAAGUGCACGGUGCUGGUUGAACUUCUACAGAAAGACCGCAGACGAAAGGACAAAGUCCACUUCCUCUACAUGGGCUUUCACAUUUACAAGGUCCCACCUGAGCUCCAUGGGAUGUGUCUGGAGCGCAACUUCUUCAUGAAAAAUCGUCCUGUUGGUCGUUCUGGGAAGUAUAAGGGUCAAAGAGCCGUGUGGAGAAAGAUGCACCUGGACCCGGGUCACUACGUCCUGGUGGCCUCCACCUACCGUCCCAACCAACCUGGAGAGUUCUUUGUCCGCAUUUUCUCCAAGACUGCCAACAGUUUGGGGACUCAGGACUUUACAUGCUCUUCAAGCUUUCUACCAGUGAUGGCUGCUCCGGUUGCCCCAGAUGAUAAAAUACGAGUUUUGAGGGCUUUUGAUGAGGAGGCUGGACCAGACGACAGGCUGAACCCAGAUGAACUGAUGAAGCUCUUUAACUCAGUCCUGGAGAAACAUUACCACCUGCCGCUAGAGACCUGCAGGCAGCUCAUUUUUGGAGAGGAUACCAAAGGACGAGCCAGUCUGAACCGUCAGCAAACAGAAACCAUGCUAACCCAGCUACGCCACUUGCAGGCCAUCUUUUUCCAGUUUGACGAGGACUCGUCUGGAACCAUGAGUCCUUUUGAACUAAGUGAAGCUCUGCAAGCUGUGGGGAUGAAGUGUGACAGUAAAGUAGUCCAGCUGUUAACAGAGCGCUUUGCCUCCGGAGAGCUUCAUCUGCCAUUUCAAGACUUUGUGGCCUGUGUCACCCGUUUACGAAAGCUUUUUGUGCUGUAUGAAUCAGAGAGCAGCCGCGAAGUGAAAGACAGAGGUGUCAAUGCUUGGCUCACUCGAUUCCUGCUGGUAUGA